UAGUUGUCAAAAAUUCAUUACAAAACUCAAAAUCUCUUCCUUAAACUUAAAUAUUUUAAUAAAAAUUAUUUAUAAUUUAUUUGAAUUGAUAUUAACGACACUUUAAAAACGAAAUAUCCCCAAAUUAUCAAUAAAAAGUAAAUAUGAGUCAUCCUCAAAUAUACAUCUAAUCAAGGUUAAAUACGUUAUUAGUAAUCAAUUGUACUUGGAACCAAAAUGUUUAAUUGGAACUCGAAACCAAACCAAAGAGAAGAACAACGUAAAGUUGACCGGCAAUUAAGAAAAACCGGUAGAGACUUGGAAAGGGAUAAACGAGAGUUGGAACGUGAAGAGAAAAAGAUUGAACUUGAAAUUAAACGUUUAGCAGCUGCAGGUAACAAAGAAGGAUGUGCCAUUUUGGCAAAACAACUAAUUCAAUUGCGGAAGCAAAAGACACGUGUGUUCGCAAUGAACAGUAAAAUACAAGGUGUUGGGAUUCAGAGCAAAAAUAUGCAGGCUAACGUCAAAUUAGCAAACACAAUGGGUUUAGCUAGUAAAACCAUGGCUGAUAUGAACAACGUUUUAAACCCGGCUCAAGUCGGUGCAAUGGCAAACUCAUUUUCUAAGGAAAAUAUGAAAAUGGAAAUGACGGAAGAAAUGAUUAAUGAUACGUUUGAUGAUAUCUUAAACGAAUCUGAUGAUGAAGAACAGAGUGAUGCGAUUGUUAACCAAGUUCUCGAUGAGAUUGGUAUUGAGAUAAGUGGAAAGAUGUCGGAUGCUCCGAGUCCUAGUAAAGGCAAAUUGGGUGAAAGUUCUAAAGCUAAAACGACCGAUGAUGAUAUUUUAGAGCAAUUAGCUAAGUUACGAAAUUAAAGUUGUAUAAAAUUAUGUUAAAUUAAUUUGGGUUGGGAUUUAUUAUUUAUUUUUAUAUUAAUUACGAAUUUACCAAAUGUAUUAUUGAAUACACCAUUAUGUAUGAGUAAAGAAUUUGUUAAAGUCUAA